CGUCAUCAAUAGGCGACGGGGAAAAUUGCCCUUCACUAUGCUUAUUUUGUAACCUCGUACGUGUUGUUAAUGUAUAUUGUGUAUUUUUUUGGGGGGUGGGUAAUGGAAGCAGCAGGUUGAGCUGGUCAAACAUCCUCCGAAAUUUGAUUGAGUGAGUAUUCAGUAGCGAGCAAACCACUAUCCGAUUUUUGUUGGCGUCAUCGUGCUGAACGUCUUGUUUUUCCAAUCAAAACAAGUAGCAUAAGUUGCAUCCCUCCACAGUCAAUCGGAUAUGGCAGCUCCAACCUCAGCUGAAAGAAAAGCUUGCUGGGACGCCAGAGACUUAUUGUGGAAAUGUUUGGAUGACAACGAUGACAAGGUUGCAUCCUGCCAGAGCUUCCAAAAGGAGUUUGAGACCAAAUGCCCCGCUCAGUGGGUCAAGUAUUUCAACAAAAGGAGAGACUAUUUGAAAUACAAAGAGAAGAUGCAGACAGAGGGGUUCACACCCGCCGAAGGCCCCCAGCAGCCCUCCUAAAACUCACAAAACUGACUUUUUUUUUUUAAUUUUGCCACAUUUAGGUCUGGAGGACUUGCAUCCCUUUAUUCCUCUGGUUGAUUUUUAAACUUUAAAACCUUUAAGUUUUGUGUAAUGGAAUUGUGUGGUCGUGCAAAAAUUUGUAUGAAAAAAAAUACAUCACAUGUUGGUUGAAUGGGUUUUAUUCUUGUACACUGUUUUUGUCUCCUUAACUCUCGUCUCAUCUCGUGGAAUGGAGCCAGUUCUUUAUGUUACAAUAUGUAUUUACAAAGAUUGCCAUCAAGGCCUUGACAUCAACCCCACUGAGUUACAUUCAACAUGACAACUUGAAUAAAUUAUAGAAAAGAUUG